UGUCUCCGCGCGUGGAUUUCAGACGCGCCAGCAUUCGUUGUUGACUUGUCUUCUCUCUCUUCUCUCUCUUCUCUCGACCCCCUCGAUUUCUGAUCGCCGAUCUCCGUGUACUGUUGUACUGGUGAGGAUUUUUUUUUCCUCAGAUUUGUGUAGAGAUGAAGAAAAACAUGGAUGUGUUCGAUUUCAAAGAAGACGACGAGGUCGCUGAAUCCGCAGCUGGAAAGUUGUUGGAAAAAUUCUCAAACCCUAGCCCGUACAAUUCUCCGGUUCUCCAACGCCUACGCAUCCGAAGCUUCUGCAAUGAGAAAGGUGUUCAGAAACAAGAACCUGAAGGCCCAAGUUGUUCUGUAGACGAUCAUCAUUGUGAAGAUGCUCCCACUUUAAUUACAGAAGCUGAGGAUCCCUGUACGAGUCUCACAUUUGGUUUGGAAACCAGUGACCAUUUAAAAGAAGCAGAUGCAGAAGAGUACGUCGAUGAUGGUUUGAUGUUUGGUUUGAAUACUGAAGACGUUGUAAAAGAAACAGAUGUUGAUCACGAUGAUCAUGGGAUGAUGUUUGGUUUGGAUAUCGAGGACGACAUAGAAGAAACAGAUGUUGAUCAUGGAUUAGCAAGUUUCUCUUGUCAACCAGGGGAUAAAAGUUACUACGCUGAAACUUCAUCAUAUAGUCAACGCCAAUUGAACUCAUCCCUUUCAGAUUCUGAAUCCAGUCAGGAGGAAAAUGAUAUGGUGUCUGCUAUUGAAAGCUUCAGCGAUCGAUCUGCCUUGAGUGAAACUUCUGAUUCAGAAAGUGAUGAAGAUUGGAUGGCUGAACACGGCUUCAGCGAUGUGGAAAAGAUUGACACAAGUACAGCUGUUACAAUGACUUCGGAGUAUGUUAUACUUAAGGAUAUGCACUGUGCUGCGUCUCUGGUAAUCUUUUCGUGCAAUGGCAUAAAAAUAAAGAGUCACCUCACAAAUAAUGAAGAAGGGGCAUUUUCUUGUGAAUUUGGAGUUGAAGACGUAGUUAGUAUUCAAUACAAUUGGUACCAACAUGUUGGAUUGAUCAUUCUCAGAAUUCAAUUUCUACUGAAGGAUGAAAAAUGCCAUAAAGAUAUGCAACACACCACAGACAUUGAGGAGUUAAAGAUUGCGGUAAAAGAACUCAAUUGGCCUGAGAAGCAACAAAAGAUAAACUCGCUGCAUGUGAAAUACCCGGCUGUGUGGAAUGCUGACUUUCAGGCUGACGUGGAAGUAUCAGGGGAUAACUUGAAUCAACAUAAGCGUUAUUUUCCAAGCUUUGAUGAACCAUUUGAAGAUGUUGUCUAUCCAAAGGGAGACCCAGAUGCUGUUUCCAUCUGCAAAAGAGAUGUUGAGUUGGUGUGUUCUUCUACUUUUUACAGUUAUCUAAAGAAUCAGAUUCAAGUGGAGGAAAAACAGAGAUUUCAUUUCUUUAACAGCUUUUUCUUCCGGAAACUUGCUGAUCUUGACAAAGAUCCCUCAAGUAUAGCUGAUGGAAAGGCUGCUUUUCUACGUGUCCGUAAGUGGACAAGGAAGGUGGACAUGUUUAGCAAGGACUAUAUUUUUGUGCCGGUGAACUUCAAUCUUCACUGGAGUUUAAUAGUCAUAUGUCACCCUGGUGAAGUGGCUAAUUGUACAGACUUGGAUGACACCAAAAAAGUACCAUGCAUAUUACAUAUGGAUUCCAUAAAAGGGAGCCAUGCAGGGCUUAAAAAUUUAGUCCAAAGUUACUUGUGCGAGGAAUGGAAGGAGAGGCAUAAAGAGACAUCAGAUGAUAUUUCUUCUAGAUUCAUGAAUUUGCGGUUUGUCUCACUUGAGUUGCCACAGCAGGAAAACUCAUUUGACUGUGGCCUCUUUCUGCUGCACUAUCUGGAGCUAUUUCUUGCUGAAGCUCCCCUUAAUUUUAGCCCUUUCAAGAUAUAUAAUGCUUCCAACUUUCUUUAUCUGAACUGGUUUCCUCCUGCCGAGGCUUCUUUGAAGCGUACUCUAAUUCAGAAGUUGAUUUUUGAGCUCCUUGAAAACCGGUCACGGGAAGUUAGACAUGAAGAGAACCAGUCCUGCGAAAGUCCAGAAAGUCCAGUUACCGUCAAUAACCAUACGGAUAUUGAGGUUCUUUCCGAGAGAUGCAGCCCCUUGAUAGACUGUAACGGGAAUAUGACGCAGAUGCAAGACGAUCAAGGAAUCGAAAUGACUUUACUUGAAAGAUCUUCCAUGAGAAACACGCAAGUUGCUAAUGAUUCGGGUAUGGUACUUAGAGAUUUAUUCGAUUCAGGAGCCAACAACACAGGAUCAUUACUUGUACAACUACAACAACCAUUCGAGGAACCAUCUUCGUUUUAUCAUCUUAGUAACGACUCAUUGUCAAGAGAGCAAGUGGACAUGGAAACUGGUGAAGAGUUUAUGUGUUUGAACGCUGAGGAGGGAAACUUUCAACGCAUCUCUGAAACUGCCUCUCCGAGAACAUCUAAUUCAUUCUCUUCAUGGAACCUUGGUAUUCCCCUGGUGGAGAAGGAAGAUGAGACUGAUUUGUUAUCUGAAACUUCGAAAAGCACUUCUAAUGAUUUAGAGGAUAUCGGAACCAUGGAAGACAACCCAAUGGAAAAUAUUCAUGAGGAAGAAACGGGCGAGAGUCCUCCAAGAGAGACCGUCUCUUUAUUAUCUGCAACCAUGGGUUCUAACACUGACCAAAACACUCAGAAUGAAGAGCUCGUUUCUACACACGUUGAGCUUGUUGUUCCAUCGAGUCAAGUUGACAAAGACGAGGAGAAGACGUUGGAGCAUGAUCUUGAAACUGGGGACAAGAAGAGUGAAGACGUUGGAGUUGAUCUUAUAUUUGGGGACAAGAAGAGCGAAGACGUUGGAGAUGAUCUUGAAAUUGGGGACAAGAAGAGCGAAGACGUUGGAGAUGAUUGUGAUCAGGAGGAGCCGAUGGAGGAAGAAGAUGAGAACCGAGCCGCAAAACGGCCAAGGCUAUCAUCUUCCACAUGUGUAGUUGAGGAGAUGGAGAAGAUUUAGAGACUGUGAUAUGUAUAACGGGUCUUGUGUUGGUUCAUGGAUGGUUAGACUUAGAGUAUCUAUAUCAAACAUUUAGGAAGUGUUUAUAACGUUUUAGGAGGGUUUAAAAGGAAAAAGGAAAGAACAAUGUCUUUCAUCGUUUUUUUAUGUAAAACUUCGAUGCGUUAACUUAGGGUUGAUGAAUAUAGAGUUCUUUUUGUGGUUCGUCCGAGUGAUAUUUAUAGUCGAAUGUCGUGGCCCUGGCUGUUUGCCAUGUGUUUUGAAAGCCAAACGAUAAGAAGUAGCAUGUAAGUAAGUAAUAAGAUUUAAUUAGAAGCUU